AUGAUCUUCUCACGUACUCUGCUUGCUGCCGUCUCGUUGGUUGGCCUGGUGAGCGGCCAGUCAUGGACCAGUGUGAACAUCAGUAACAUCGACAUUGGGUUAAGAAAUCAAUGGUGUCAGAGCCAGACCUCCUCAUGCCCCCUCCUCUGUCUUCAGAUGAAGAACGCCACUGACUCACCAGAGGAGAACACCUGUGACUCUGACACGCUGGAGUUCAGUUGCAUUUGCGACAACAACAAGUCCCCCAAUGCUUCCGAGUACUCCCAGACAAUUCCCUAUUUCCUCUGCUCGCAGCAGAACGAUGAUUGCGUGACUAGAUGCGACGGCGAUUCCACCUGCCAGUCUGAUUGCCGUAGCAAACAUCCUUGCGGAGCUCAGGCGCCCAAGCGUGUCAAUGUGACCACCACCACCAGUGCCACAUCGAACCCUACCAACCCUGCUAAGACUGCCACCGGCACCCUGGCCGCCUUCACCGGGGAGCCCUCGGACAAGAAGAAUGCGGCCCCGGCCAUUGACCGUGGAUACGUGUAUGGUCUGUGUGUCGUGGUGGGUAGCUUCGUUGCUGGAUUCACUGUCCUGUUAUAG